AUAAAUAAUUUGUGGAGUCAGUGAGUGACAGCAGUACGAGCUCAUACGAAGUUACUUUAUUUCUUUAUGGUUGAGUAACAGGUAUUCCUGCCUCACUCUCUUCACCAUGAAGCCUAUAAUGCUUCAAGGCCAUGAGCGUUCGAUAACGCAAAUCAAGUUUAACCGAGAAGGGGACCUGCUCUUCUCGGCAUCAAAAGACCCCAAACCAAAUGUCUGGUAUUCUAUCAAUGGUGAACGUUUGGGCACCUAUGAUGGCCACUCAGGUGCAGUGUGGUCCAUUGAUGUCAAAUGGGACAGUACAUUGUUUGUGACAGGUUCAGCAGAUCAAACUAUGAGAAUAUGGGAUGUUGAAACAGGCUCCAGCUUGUCAAACUUAGAGAUGAAGACUUCUGUCCGUGGUGUGAGUUUCUCAUACUCUGGCACCAUGAUUGCAUACACUACCGACAAAAUGAUGGGUCACAAUUCAGAGCUUGAUAUUAUUGAUGUUCGGGAACCCAAUGACAUUGAUGCAACGCCAAUAAUGAAGACGCAGGUGACUCCUAACUAUGCCAAGGCAUUGUCAGUUCUCUGGGGACCUUUGGAUGAGUAUGUAGUGACUGGCCAUGAGGACGGGUGCAUCAUCAAGUGGGACAUGCGCACUGGUAAAAAGGUAAGUCUAAGAAGGCAAAUGACUAGAAAACUUGAGGGAGAUGGACAAGAAUGCACUCUUUUAAAAAAAAUUUCUUUAAAAAUUUUUGGCCUUUUGAUCUUGAUACAGGUUCAAGGAUUGAAAUAUUUUUAAUGAAGUCCAAAGUUA